UAUACUAUACGAAUCCGUGUGCUGAGACGCUUGUUGAAUUAAAAAUUAAUAAUAAAAAUAGGUUAAGCUACCACUAGCUAAGCAUAGGCCAGUAAUAAAUAAGAAAAACUUUAAGGAAAAGAAAAGGAUUUAGUUAUCUUUUCCGUUUAAAUUAUUCGUAGGCAGCAAGUUUUAUUCGCAAUUUAAACUCGAUCUGCAAUAGGCCUAGGCCUACAGGUUCUUUGUCAUUUUUUUUUUAUUUAACCGCGUCUCAUUCUGAAUAUAAAAAAUGGAAGAAUUUGUGCAGCCGAUGGCAACUGCAUUUGACAGUAGAGAUGAAACACAGAUCUGUAGUAAAUUACAAGAAUUUAAUAAGGAGAAUGCACAAACGUUUUCCUUCAAAGAUCUGAACACAGAAACUAAAAAGAAAUUGAUAGGCGAUAUUUUGCAGUGUCUUGGAGAAGCAGAAUAUGGCAUUGAGUGUAAGCGCCUGUGUUUGGAGACAGUUCGAAUCCUUAGCAGGGACAAGUUUCGGCUGUUACAGCUGCAAGAAGAAGAAGGUGUUUCAUUGCUUAUGAAAUUUGCAGGCUUAACAAAUGAAGACUUUAUUGCAGAUGCUUUGGUAGAAGCACAGAAGAGUUUAUGCAACCUAGUCUACAAUAGUCAGUCUGUACAACAAAUUUGUGGUAAUACUGACUGUGUUCAAAAUAUGCUAAUGAGGGUCAACAACACUGGUGACCCAGCAUUGAAUGAUGACACAAGGUAUUAUGACCUUCGACUUUUGUUCCUCAUCACUGCAUUCAAUCGGCAGUCAAGGAGCGUGGCCAGGCUGGAUUGCAAUGGUGUUAGUGUUCUUACUAACACUUUGCACAGUCACGUUCUGCAGCCUGAUAGUACCACCAUCACAAGCAAACAGCUUCUGCUGGCUGUUGAGGUUCUCAAGUGCUUUUUUAACAUCACUAUUGAUGUUGAAUUAAAUGAGGAAAACGAAGAGACUUUGGAGCUUCUUGGGUGUGCAAUACAGAAGUUAUUUCUCGUAAGGGGACCAACUGAAGAGGAAAUUGAAAAAUUACAUGGCCACCUCACAAAUUUCUUGACCGUGUUCUUGCCGAAGGUUUGUAUCAAACAACUCAUACCAGAAUCCGAAGAGGGCGCUUGUGGUGGAUCAUCCAUUUACAUGGGACAUUCAAUGCAGUGUGUCAACCUCCUCCUAAAGUUCAUGUUGAAGAGAUUAGAUGAGGUUGAAGGUAACAGUAGACUGUCAGGUUUGGAGGUGAUCUCCCCGGCCCUGACAGCACUCUGUGCUGUAUCCAAGACUGAGGCACUCAUAAGAAAGUACUUAAAAGAAAAGGUACUACCGCCAUUGACCGCUACCAUUUGUUCAUCACUACCUGAAGAGGGCGACUCUUUGAGAAACAGAUUAGUUCGUUUUAUGACAAGUCCAAAUACUAAUGUGAAAGAAUUAGUAGCGGAAUUCUUGUUUAUAUUGUGCAAAGAAAAUCCUGGGAGACUGGUCAAGUACACAGGUUAUGGUAAUGCAGCCGGUCUACUUGCUCGACGAGGUUUAAUGACCCUAGGAAAAGGGCAUGGGGACUACAGCUCGGAUGAAGACAGCGAUACGGAUACAUAUUCAGAUGUAAUAGAUAAAAUCAACCCAAUAACUGGUAGAGUUGAAGAGAACAAACCCAGUCCUUUGGAAGGAAUGUCAGAUGAGCAAAAGGAACACGAGGCACAAAAACUGGCUCAGUUGUGCAUGAAGUUAUCAAGGGAAGGGAUAAUCAAACCGAUGAGUGUUGGAGCUGAUGGCAAGAUGGUUAGCUUAGAGGAGAGUUUUAAUCAGAUGUCAUUACCAGAGGAACAUGACGACUCGGAGGAAGACACUUGAAAAAACAACUCAUUGAUAAGCAAUUUACCUUUCCGCAAAGCCCCGCCCAUUGAAUAUUGCUACGAAGGUCCCACAAAACGACAAUGUGAAAACAUACGCAAGCAGUGUUUUGUCGGACAUGUGCAUAUUCAUGGCCUUGUUCUGAUUGCUUAAGUUUGAUUAAUUCCUCCAUGAUUCGAUUGACACCCCUUAAAGGUCCACCAAUUAGUACGUCAUUGUUUGCCACAAUGCAUGCUGGGAUGGUAGAGAGGGCAAAGUAGAUGCUUUUUAUAAAUUAGACGGUUGUUAGAGCAGGCCCAGUCAAAAGCAAAAUCAAAAUUACAUCACACAGCAAAAACUGGGACACAUUCCAUUAUUUAUAUACGAAAAAGAAAACGAUUUAUGAAUUGUUUAACCUUUACAAUCAAUAUGCACUCUAAAUAAUACAUGUCAUUUGUUUCAUGACUACUGAUAAUAGUGCAAUGUUAAUAAAAGUAGAAAAUGUAUUAUUUUGUUUUUGGUACAAAUGGAGACACAAAUUUAUAUGAAGUUAUACAAGUGUACAAUUUACAGAAUGCAUAUUCAUUUUAGGUGUUAUUAUUAUUGAAGAUAAAAUUUGUUAACAAUUUGCAUUUCAUAUUUAUUUUAUAUAUACUUUUUGUUAUUCAUAGUAUAUAAUAUAUUCAUAUGAAUAAUGAAUAUGCAUCUACAGUUGAACUGUUCAAUUGUUAGGCUUUGAUAAAAUUUGACGUACAGAUUGUUUAAUGGAAAAUUAAUGGAAAACACAACAAUUUGGCAUGUUAAAUAAGAUCGACUUAAAAAUUAUUUGAGUUUGCAAAAGUUUCACAGUAUUCUUCAUAAUGAUUGGUUAAUAUACUAUUACAGUAUUUAAAAAAAUUGAAAAAUAUAUCGCAGCAGUUGAUAGAUGCAUAAUGCUGUUCAUAUAUUCCUAAAAACAGACAAAUCCAAUUUGAAAAGGUGCUCUCUCUUGGCACCGCCAUUGCUGGAGACCUUAGGGUCUUCCCCCAAAUGCAUUUCAUGUGUAAAUUAUUUAGAAUAGAUUAUGAUGAAAAUAAAAUACUGUAUUAUUUGAUCCUUCAAAUGAGUAAUCAUGUCAUAAUAUUGAAUGAAGCUCUGUCCAUGAUAUCCAAA